AUGAUUCGAACACUCGAAGAAGAAAGAGAUAGGGCGAUAGAUAGUCUGAAAACUCUAGAACAAUUAUCUAUAGCAAGUAUCAAUGACAUCGACUACGAAGUUCAGCAAAACAAGAAGGUUUCCAAGGGAGAUGAGGGCUCCAGUACUUACAGUAGUACAUCCUGGCCUUGA